AUGCCUCCCAAGAAGAACACCACCGCCUCGCAGGACGCGGGCGAUGACGACGGCAGCAGCCAGGCGGGCCGGGAGCUGGCGGAGAUGAGGGCGAGAGCUGAGGCUCUCGAUUGCCGCCUCCGCGCGACUGAGGAGGAGCUCGGCCUUAUCAAGAGCACGACCGGGAAUCUGGAGAGGGGCCAGAUGGCGCUGCAGGUUGUUGUGGAGGAAAUCCGAACCGAUUCUCAGACAUGGUAUGGAACCUUGGGGCAAUGGCAAGCCGAGGCUAACACGAAGCUGGAUCACAUCAGCCGCGGCCAGGACGAGCUCCGUGCAACGAUCGCGCAGCUCAAGGAGAUGAUUGCAGGGCUAGGGAGUCGCGAGCCGGCUCGUCAAACCAUUGAUCAGAUCCCGGCAGGCGAUAAGCUCAAGGGAACGAUGAUAGACACCGCAAACCACGCCGAAUCAAGGGGCUCGGGGCGGCGAGUUGCUGAAGACAAGGGAUCAUGCGAUCCAGGACCUAGGCGGCGCAUGGAGAAGCUUGGCGAUCGAUGCAGGUGA